AUGGCAACAACUGCGGUUCUUCCAUAUGAACUCUACACCGAUGCACCAGGAACGCUUUUCGUGAAACGGGAAUGGGAAGAAGCAAACGCUGCCCAUCCAAGCCCUUUUGAUUUUGGUGAUGUGCCCGAAGGGUGGCCUAAAAAGCUUACUGGACCACUUGUAUGGGAUGGAAAACAUCUCAAUGAUCAUCCCGAGAAAUAUAUAUACAAUCUCACAAGCGCUGAGAUUGCUGAAAUAGAUGCCGCAGCAAAGUCUUUCCAGAAGCUUGCGCUGCCUUUAUCUGCUAUCGAGCAAUCGAACUUCCCUCUCCCACAGCUAGGUCCGACCUUGCGAGGGAUUGCGAAGAAUUUGUAUCAAGGGACCGGCCUGAAUUUGCUCAGAGGAUUCCCCAUUCAGAAGUAUGAGAAAGAAGAGCAAAUCAUCAUUUUCCUCGGUAUCAAUGCAUGGGUUGCAGAUACGCGACUCGAUCAAGGAAUUGGGCGCGGUAUUUGCCAUAUAAAAAGCAUCAACCACAUCGACGCCUCACAACGCGGUAAAAUAUUUGUCUCGGCUCAGAAUAACGAUGCUCAGAUGUACCACAGCGAUGCGGGCUCGGAGAUCGUGGGCCUGAUGGCUCUCAAUAUACCCAACUCGGGUGGAGAAUCAACCGUCGCGAGCACUUGGCAAGUAUAUAACCAUCUUGCCGAAUACCGGCCGGACAUCCUGAGACUCUUGGCGGAUAAAAGAUUUAGAUGGAGAGCGAAUGGAAUUCCGGAAGAUGGUGUACGGCUCAUCCACUGGUUGAACGAACAGAUGUACGUGAAUUUCGCGACGAGAACUUUCAUUGGCUACGCAGAGGCCCCCGACCGCGAUACAGACUAUCCACCACUUACAUUCGAGGAGCGAGAAGCAUUGGGAGGGUGGCAGUGGAUAUCUGAACAGUACUGCUUAGAGACUGCUCUCCAAGCUGGAGAUAUUGAAUGGGUUAAUAAUCUCCACCACCAACAUGCUCGCCGAGGAUAUAUCGACGAUCCAUCAAACCCUCGCCAUCUGUUAAGAAUCUGGUCUCGUGAUUCUGAAUACGCCCCAGAGCUACCAUUGGAUAUCAAGAACAAAUUCAAUGCGAUGUUUAAAAAUACGCCGGAAUUUUAUCCUCUGGAUGAAAUAGAAGAAGAUAUAAGAAGGAAGGAGACA